AUGCUCCGAAGUUUCCGGAGCCAUAAAUCCAUGAGGUCCGGCCACUCGUUCAGCAGCAAGGUUGAACACGCCAGAUACCCAAGCGAUGCUUCAUCCAUGGAUUCCCGCUCCUCUACCACCAGCAGCAACGGGAGGAUGGCCUUCGAUCCCCUGAGAUGCCAUCCUCCCGACCUAACCGUCACUCAUCGGCCAUCUCUGAACAUCAGUGAGGCUGGACCACGCCGGCCCUCGCGCAGUCUGCCCGAGCCACAUCACGCUCAGCAUCACUACACGACAACGCCACGUGUACAUCACCACUCUCACCAGCCUACCACGCCAACAACGGUCAUUUACGACGGCUUCGACUUUGGCUUUCACCCCAACAAGUCAACACCAGGUACAUCAGCUCCAGCACAUGGUUCAGCAGGCGUGGCAUCGCCUUCUUCUCCCACUCCAAGCACCGACAGCUUCAGCAGCAGCUUCAGCAGCGACUCGAUGGAUUCGAACUAUUGUGUCGGCCUAACGGUGGCACCAAAGCCUCGUCAGGGUCCCCAAAAGGAAGUCUCGGCAGCCAUGGCACGCCCACGAGGUCUGGAUGCCGCUGACGAUUUCAUCAAGAGAGGCGGUUGGAAGAGGAGAGGCGUCAUCUUUGAGUUGGAGGCGCCAAUGGCUGAUGAGGAAGAGUGCUUUGAUCUUGAUAUGGAUUGAAGUUUUGGGAUCUUGAGAUCUCUCUCUCCCUAUUCUCGCCCUCCAUCCGUCUGUCUUCCAACCACUUUCCUCUCUCUUGUACCAUGCUUGUGUUGUUCUUCACUUCAUACCUCACUUCUCAUUCGAUCCCUUUACAUCUGAUUAGGGACGGAUUGUAUUACCUACACACCACCCAUUUGUCAUUGUCACUUGAUUCAGUACCAUUUCUUAUUCCCAACAACAAGCAACAACACUUGCGCCUGUAACACAAACUCACUCAUUUCCUUUGUCACAUCAAGCAUCAAUUUUGGAACCGGGUCCCAGGUCGGGUCCGGGGUUCGGUCGGUCACUGCAUUAUUGGGAACGGGGUUGGGGAUCCAUGGGUAUGGCGCCUUGGUUUUUUUCUUUUCUUUUCUUUUUCCUUUUUUUCUUUUUUUCUUUUUUUUUUGUCUUCGUUUUUUUCUUUUUUCUGUUUGCUUUCAUGUUUUUGUCUUCCCCUUGAUACCGUUUUCUUCAAAAGUGUCUUAACAACCCCAUUCUGCAUCGAUCAAGGGGUAGCAAGCAUUUCAGCCACGUAUCUUCACAAGUUGGAAGUGGCAUUGGCGUUGGGUUUAGGGAUCUGUUUGCAAAUAUCUCUUCUUUCUCCAUCCGCCGAGUUCUCUCCGGUACGCCGGUCAAGUUCUCGGAAGGGAAGGUCCGGAAAUGGGAACCUGGAACUGGGAAAUACCCACACAGGAAUGGGUGGAAUGGGAGUCCAUAUACAUCAUACAUCGUAUGAUGAGGCAUGGCAUGGCGUAGUGAUUAGGAAUAAAGCAAUCAUUGUGUCG